AUGUCAACUUGGACUGACCACCUCAAACGCGCCAGGGCGCUGGUAAAGGCCUCCAAGCAUCCAAAAGCGCUCAGGGAGCUUGAAAAGGCCUUGGCCGCUGGUGGGGAUCGCGAAACGAGUGUUUACGAAUGUCGUUCAGGAAUCUACGAAGGACAGAACAAAUACAAGAGUGCCCUCAUAGAUGCCAAAGCUAUCAUCCAACUCGCUCCAGCACGGUGGCAAGGAUAUGCACGCGCUGCUCGACUCUUCCUUCAGGUCCGCAAACUCGAAGAGGCGACGCGGAUGGCCGACAUGGCUCUCACACGCUUGGACGGGAAGGAUGCCGCUGCCCAAAGGGAAGCUCUGGCGCAAAUAAAAUCAGAAGCAGAGCGCUACCGUCGCCAAACCAUGAACCAUUUCGUCAAUCUCCCCGUUGAACUUAUGGCCAUCAUUUUCGAGCUAGUGACGCUGGACUGGCCACAUCAACAGGGCUUCAUUCUGGGGGGCGUCUGCAGACACUGGCGCAACGUUGCACUCGGGACACCGCGGCUUUGGUCAACAAUCAUGGUAAACAAGACGAAGGAUGUUCGGAGAGCUCAACGUGGCCUGGAACGAGCAAAGGGAAUAGUCGAUCGCCUUGUAUUGGGUCCAUUUGACCAACGAACCACCUCUUUAAAGCUCGAAAGCGUACGUUGGGACCGUCUUCGCGUGUGCUCACUCGAAAGCAACGACAUCACACCGUUCAUCGGAGGAAAGUCUCGCCUCGGUCGGCUUUCUAACCUGGAACAGCUGGACAUCAGUCAUACCGAAAAAAGCUGUGACCACAUACUCGUAGUUCCAGUCUCAAGACUGAAACUCGACUCCGCGUCGUUCACGUGGAGCGUGUUAUGUGCCCAACAGAACUACUUGACAUCUCUGGAAGUCGAGUCCCCUACAUUUAUCCCAACGGUCGAAGAAAUCUGGCUUCUGCUCGAGACAAAUCCUCUCCUCGAAACUUUCGCGGUCGCCCUGAAUCGUGUGCACCAUCAAACAAUACCUGAAUUGCCCCCACUUGUGAUGUCAAACCUACACACUCUACGGUUAGAUCGUACACCAUGGCUGGGUUACUUUCUCUACUCGGUGACAAUGCCGUCCCUCCAAAGUCUGCAGUUCUGCAACACGCAGCUGAUGGAGCUCGGCCUUCUUGCACAGAAACAACCCCGGCUGCAGCAUUUAUGCAUCAACAACAUAUUCUUCCCUGGUAGAGAGCUUGUCCAGCUGCUUCACAGCUGUCCGGCGCUCCACACUCUCGAGCUCCAAUGCCUAUCGGAGAUGGACCCCGUCAUCAAUGCCCUCGCGAACCCCAGGCUGUCCCUGUGCCCAGCCCUCACUACCUUGGAUGUCUCGAACGGUGGAGUAAAAACCGUGCCUCUCCUCCGAUUAUUGGAAGCUCGGAAUGGAGAAGCAAAUGCCGACGUUGCUAGGAUUCGACACCUUAAGGCGGACCGUUGUCUGUUUAUCGAAGCUAAAGCAGUUCCGUGGAUCAGAACACAAGUCGAGACGUUCAGUUGUGUGUACUUGGACAGGAAAGCGGCAAGUUGGAAACGAUAA